GUUUGCAUCAGUACUUGGGAACCCUUGUCCGCGCGUUGCUGCACCUCCCCACAGUGCGUUCGCAGACUCCUUUUUACCAGGUGAUGACGGGGGGGAAAUAUCGCUCCUGAAUAAAAAAAAAACAACAACAAAACAACGAGAUUUCAUUUUAAAAACUCUAAAGUCGGAAUCAAUGUAUGAUGGAGACACGUCUCGGUUGCUGCUUUUUGAUGAUUUUUUUCUCUGAGUGGAUUUGUCUGUUCUCAUUAACUUCCAUCCUGGGCGGAACAAAGGCGGAGGUAAGGUGCAUUCCCCGGUGCCAGCUGCCGCGCGUCGCGGCGGCACCCCGGGAAAGAACGAACCUGGAGCGGGCAGAUUUUGACGCAGCUCCCGGUGAAGAAUUUGACGUCUUUGGCGAGGAGCCGUUCAGCGCCAGCGGAGAGGAAGAGCUCGCCGCUGCGGAAUUAACCGCGAGUGAAGAAAGUUCAUUCGAAGUACAGCCGCGGCUGGCGGAGAACGAGACAAGUGGUCCGCAGAGACACGGGGACCAUCGAAAACUUUCCCACCCUCCCCCGAGUGCUUCAAGUGCCUCUGGCCCCUUUCCUAAUAACGCAAGCGGGGAAAGAGAUACCAGAUUAAACUUGACUGGGGACGGAGAUGCUUUCGCUUUGAGAGCGCGAAGGAGCGCAGAAACAUGGUCCGAAUUCCGAGGCGGAGGUUUAGAGGAUACUUCGGUUUCUGACCAGGAGGAGUUUGAGCUCACGAGUUCAACAUUUCCACUCGCCGGGGACACAGCUCACAACCAGGCGAUGGUGCACUGGUCCGGACAAAACAGCAGCGUGAUACUCAUGUUGACGAAAUACUACGACUUCAACUCUGGCAGAGUCACUGAGAGUUCUUUGUGGAGGUCAACUGAUUAUGGCACCACGUAUGAAAAACUUAAUGAGAAAGUGGGGACCAGGAGCAUACUGAGCUACCUGUAUGUGAGUCCGAACAACAAAAGGAAGAUCAUGUUACUAACUGACCCAGAGGUGGAGAGCAGCCUGCUUAUUAGCCUUGACGAGGGGGCGUCCUAUCAGAAACACAGCUUAGGCUUUGAUAUCCUCAGCCUGCUUUUCCACCCGGAGCAAGAGGACUGGAUCCUGGCUUACAGCCAUGACCAAAAGCUCUAUGUCUCCAUUGAGUUUGGGAGGAGAUGGCAGCUUGUGCACAACAACGUUGUUCCCAACCGAUUCUACUGGUCCAGACUGGGUCUAGACAAAGACCAAGGGAUGAUUCACCUCGAGAUCACUGUCUCAGAUGGACGGUCGCAGUAUAUAACUUGCAAACUUCAGAACUGCUCAGACGGAAACAAGGGCAAGCCUUUCCCCGGAUUUAUAAUCCCAAACUCCCUGGUGGUGCAGGAUGAAUACGUUUUCAUCCAGGUGUCAGUCAGUGGCCAGGCUGUCCAUUAUGUGUCAUAUAAAAGAAACGCUUUUUACCCAAUGAAGCUUCCCAAAUACACCCUCCCUAAGGACCUGCAGAUAAUCAGCACGGACGAAAACCAGGUGGUGGCAGCGAUUCAGGACUGGAACCAGAACGAUUCGUACAACCUCUACAUGUCUGACUACAGAGGGCUCUUCUUCACACUGAUGCUGGAGGAUGUUGUGAGCACCGGUGGUCCAGAGGACAAUGUUAUGAUAGACCUCUAUGAGGUUGCCGGGAUUAAAGGAGUGUUCCUGUCAAAUAAAGUUGUUGAGAACCAAGUCAAAACUUAUAUCACGUACAACAAGGGCAGAGACUGGCGUCUUCUUCAGGCUCCUACAACCGAUCUCCAGGGAAACAAGGUCUAUUGUGAGCAACCAUACUGCUCGUUGCAUCUGCACCUUCAUGUCUCAGAGAACCCUUACGCCUCGGGAAACAUUGUCAGCAAAGAUACGGCUCCGGGAGUUAUAAUAGCGUCAGGUGUGGUUGGCCCAGAGUUAAGCAGUGUGAAUGUCAGUAUCUUCAUCACAACUGAUGCUGGAAAUACCUGGAGAGAGGUUUUUCAGGAAGAGUACAGCGUGUUUUUCCUGAAUCAAGGAGGAUCUCUGGUGGCCAUCCGACACACACCUCUGCCAAUUAGACACAUUUGGCUGAGUUUUGAUGAGGGCAGAAACUGGGACAAAUAUAGCUUCACCUCCUCACCGCUCUAUGUUGAUGGGGUGCUGGGGGAGCCUGGAGAGGACAUCCUCAUAAUGACGAUAUUUGGUCAUUUUAGCCAUCGAUCUGAAUGGCAACUUCUCAAGAUUGACUUCCGGCCUAUAUUUGGUAGGCGGUGCACAUCUGAGGACUACAUCACAUGGCAGUUAGACAAUGAGGGGGAAGUGUGCAUCAUGGGAAUGAAGAGAAUCUUCCAAAAACUGAGAGCAAACGUUCGAUGUGUCAAGGCCAGAGAUCAGUAUAUUUCUCAGAUGUCAGACUCCUGCCCAUGCACAGAGGCAGAUUUUGAGUGUGACUAUGGGUUUGAGAGGCAAGUCGACGGGAGCUGCACUUCUGCGUUCUGGUUCGUUCCGUCAACGUCAACUCGAGACUGUGUUACGGGGGACAGCUUCUUCAACACGACAGGAUAUCGCAAGGCUUUGUCAAACAACUGCACCGAGGGAAGUCUGCUGAAGUACAGCCCCAGGCAACAAAAGUGUCCCAGCCAGGCUCCCAGGGGUCUCCAGCUCUUCACCAGCGAGGGAACAUUUGUAGCAACACUGGGAAGAAAUGUCACCUUCUUGGUCUUUCUGGAAGAGGGUCUCGGCUCAAUGACAAGUAUAACAGUGGACUUCGGUGAUGGAACUGCCAUAUCUUACGUUAACAUCAGCUCCAUUGAUGAUGGGGUCAAGCACAUCUACAAUAAAGUUGGAAUCUACCAAGUUUCAGCUACAGCAAUCAACCAUCUUGGCUUUGACAGGGUCUUCCUUUACCUCCAUGUGUCCUGUCAGCUCGAGCAGGUGCAGCUUUCAGCUCCUUUGGUGGUCAUCAAGAACAAAGCAGUGAAUUUCACAACAACCCUUCGCCCAAAUAGUGUGGGGACGGUCACGUAUUUCUGGUGGCUCGAUAACAAGACAGAGCCACUUGUGACCCUGGAUGGAGAAAUCUCCUUCACUUUCUCCAAGGAGGGAAGUCACACUGUUACCGUUCAGGCUUUGGCUGGUAAUACUGUCCAUCAGGACCAAAUCAGUGUGGCCGUUUAUGAUUAUUUCAGGUCUCAUCCUUUGGUUUUCUCCUCUAAUCUGGAUGAUAUGAAUCCUGGAGUAUCUGAGUGGAGAGAAGACAUUGGCAGAGUUGUGAAGACCUGCAUAGUUCAGGUCACAGGGAUCAGCGAGGAUCAGCUCCUGGUCACGGUGCUUGCUGGUUUACCGACUACAGCCGAGGUGUUCAUUGUACCAGAGAGGAGGUCAAGAAACGGAGCCAUGAAUGAAAAGUGGGCGCACCUGGACCAGCUUUCUCAAGUUCUGCUGAGAGCUCUGAACCAAGAUCUGAUCGAGUUCACAGUCAAACCCGGCCUGCAGGUCAACGUGUACGCCACGCGGCUGUCUCCGGCUCCUCUUGUGGACAGCAGUGACAGUGGGCACAGCGGCACUGCAGUCAUCAUGCUCGUGUCAGUGGUGCUGAUGGGAUUGGCUAUCUUUAUGAUAUAUAAAUUCAAAAGAAAGAUCCCAGGCAUGAACACGUACACCACAGAGCAGCCUGACAAAGAACAAGAGGUCAUCCCUGCGGUGACCUCCAUCGCUGUCCCAAACCCCGAGGGGGAUGAGCUGACCUCUCUGGAUCAUGUGGAUGUACAACUGGACUCAAAAAGCAGAGGCUACCUGCCAUCUCACACAGACAUCAAGCUCUCUGAUGAAGCGCCCCAUGUGUUUUAAUGUUGGAAGUCUAUGACCGACUCGAAAGCAAUACAUCUUCUCUGGCAGUUACUUCCAGCAAGCUAGGAAGCUGCGGUCACAAUGAAUGGUCUCGAGUCUUUUGCUACCCAUGCAUGGAUGGACCAGUUCACACUGUGCUGCCUAAAUCCCUCCGAGGAGACUGUACAGAUUUAUACUUGCCUCUUGAAAAGGAACAAUUUUUUGACUGAAAUACUUGUAUUUUUGCAAGGACGUCGAUCUUUUUAUGUAAAUAAUGUACAUCCAUAAUGGAAGAAGUGAAAGUUAUUUGUCUCAGCUGGUUACAGCUGCAUCUGUUCAAAUAUGAAAACAUCAAAAAGCGGUACG